UUUUGAAGAUUGUCAGUAACCAAACAGUUGAUGGGCCCCAUUGAAUCCAUAGUAUUUUUUUCCCAUAUUGUGUAAGUCAAUGGUGGCCCAUCAAAUGUUUGGUUACCCAUAUUCUUCAAAAUAUUUUCUUAAAUUCAUACAGAUUUGGUACAACUUGAACUUCAUCUUGCAGGCCCCUUGGAAGUGUGCUGAGGCCUCCUAGUGGGUCCCAGCCCCUGGCUGAAAACCGCAAUGGUCUCUUCAUUAAUAAUAAUAUACAGGAAGGGGUAAAAACAAUGAAUCAUGGGUCAUGUUCAACUGCAUCAAGUUUAGCUUUUUAAAGUAAGCAAAACUGCCUGCAUUUGCAUGCAUAUUUGCUAGUAACAAAUGUGGCAAAGAUAGGCUACAUUAUUAUGCACCGAAUACUGUAGCUUAGUUCUCCCACAUUGCUUUCCUUAUGAUUCUUGCUUUUUAUGUAUGCACUUAUUUGCUGUAAGCCAGACAGCAUCAUCUUAGAAUUGCACUCAUUUACAUGAACCUCCAUAAGUAGCCUAUGUCAUGAUAGUCAAAACAAUGUAAUUCCAAACCUGUAUGACUUUAAGCAGAACACAAACUGAAAAACAUUAGGGUCCAAACAACACUCGUUCAUUAUAUGCACAGUUUAGUUUUGUAGUCCUGCAUCCAGUGUUUGUCUUGGACCUUCACUGUAUGCAGUCUGAAAUGAUAAUAAAGCUAUGCUUGACUAUAUUAUAUUCUGCAAGCAUGCCGCCCAAAAUGUUCAAUUUGGCCGCUUGUUGGUGAAGCUGAACAGCCCUGUAUGAAGUUAUCGCUCUCUCAGCUGAGGACGUGAUAGUCGGUAGAUGUUGCUGUGGAGAAUGUAACAGCGAGAUUGCGCACGCCUCUGACAGGCAGUGGGGUGUGUGAGUGUGUGUGUGUGUGAGUGUGUGUUUGCCUACCUCGACCAAGAGCCCAGCAGAGCCUGAAUAACAGUAGGAGGAAAAUGGACGGAGUGGGUUCAUUUGGCGCUGGGAGAGCCGGGGCUGCGUUCGACCCUUUUGCCUUUAUCCAGCAGCCGCAGACCAUCCUUAGAAUAUUAUCAUGGAUCUUCUCAAUAGUGGUGUUCGGAUCCAUAAUAAAUGAAGGCUAUGUCAACCACGGCAGCGAGAGGCUCUAUUGCGUUUUCAACAAGAACAACAACGCCUGCAACUAUGGGACCACCAUUGGGCUCAUUGCAUUUCUAGCCUGCAUUUUCUUCAUUAUCCUUGACAUGAAGUUCCAACAAAUCAGCAGUAUUAAAGACAGGAAGAAGGCAGUGAUGCUGGACAUUGGAUUUUCAGGUUUCUGGGCAUUUUUGUGGUUUGUUUGUUUCUGCUUCUUGGCUAACCAAUGGCAACGCACCACCCCAGAUGAGCUGCCCUUAAAUCAGGGAGCGGAUGCUGCCAGAGCAGCCAUAACCUUCUCCUUCUUCUCCAUCUUCACCUGGGCUGGUUCAACUGUAAGAGCGGUGCAGAAGUACCUGCUAGGGACCGACAUGACCCUGUUCACCACAGAGCACCUCGAUGGCAACCCUCCCGUCCAGCCCUACCCCACCGUCACAACCACCGAGCCCAACGACACAUACCAGAGCCCACCCUUCACUGAAAACCUGGACUCCACCGCCCCAACCUACCAGGUGCCAAUUUACUGAAGCGCUGCCGAGCGAGAAUCAACGUGCGACGUCAUUGGUCUGUCAGAAUCAGUGUGAAUGACUGGCACUGCUCUUCAAACUGAAGUGGUGUGACAAUGUUCAUAGGUAGUACCGUUCUGUGAACUUCUGUACAAGAAUAUGUUGAUUGUGAUUUCACUUUCGUUUGGAAUAUUACGUGUUAAUUUAUCAGCUGGAAUGAAACUGGUUGAGGGGUAUCAGUGUUGUAUAAAAAUGAAAAAGGUUACGUUGCAUGUAUUAUAUUUAGAGAGCUAUUAAGUGCCAUGCAUCCUAAACAAUAACUUAUAUAUUCAGUUUCCAUAAUGCUGUUGGGUACUGUAUAUAAAGUGCAAUAUCUGAAACAUGGAAUCACCAAACGUUUGACACAUUUAAGUGUUCUACAAGCUUGCGAGAGGUGGUCUUCCUAAAAGAGGGUGGAGUUUCGCUGUAGAUAAGGGUGUCUUCUGUAUCAAAGGUGUGUAAAAAUGGUGUUGAUUCAGUGUUUGAUUUAGUGAAGCCACUAAACCUGUUAAGACAUAAAGAAAGAUUUUAUUUUGUGUGGAUUUCAAACAAAAAAAAAAUGUUAUUCAUUUAUUUAUUUUUUAAUCAGAGUCAUGAUUAGGUGGAAUUUUAAAAGCGAAUAAUACAAAUAUAUAGUUAUUUAAAAAGUUUAAUCGGAAUUUAAAAGAAUAUUUUAAGGAAUAAUUUCACAAACCUGGACAAAUGGUAAGUAAAUUUGAAUACACAACUGUUCAAAAGUUUACGGUCAGUAAGGUUUUUUCAAAGAAAUUAAUACUUUUAGGGACACAUUAGAUCAAAAAUGACUAUUUCAAAUAAAUGCUGCUCUUUUGAACUUUCUAUUCAACGAAUUUUAAAAAGCAUGCAUCACGGUUUUUACAAAAAAGUAUUAAGCAGCACAACUGUUUUUAACAUUGAUAAUAAUCAGAAAUGUUUCUUGAGCACUAAAUCCUCAUAUUAGAAUGAUUUCAGAAGGAUCAUGUGACACUGAAGUCUGGAGUAAUGAUGCUGAAAAUACAGCUUUGACAUCACAAGAAUAAAUUACAUUUUAAAAUCUAUUAAAAUAGAAAACAGUUCUUUUAAAUUGUAAUAAUAUUACUGUUUUUACUGUAUUUUUGAUCAAAUAAAUGCAGCCUUGAUGAGCAUAAGAGACUCAUAAAAUCUUUACAGACCUAAAACGUUUGAACUGCAGUGUAGAUGCCAGUGUAUGUGUUUGGGACACCCUUCAGAUAUUCAUCAGUUGGCUGUUGUUUAAAAAAAAAAAAGGGAAAAAAAGUGGUUUGGUGACCAUCAUCAGUGCUUUGUCUGAUAUGUGGUAGAUUUUGGUAAUGUUUCUGUGUUCAGAGAUAGGGCAACAUACAAAAAUGAUAGUGAUUGUACUUCAAAACAUGUAAAUGAAGUAUGUUUGUGAAAGUGGUCAGGGUCUUGUGUUUCCUGUACUUAACUCUGCACUCCUUAAAAUGCCUCAUGGACCAAUAUUUAGGAAUAAUUUAAUGAGGUAUGUUUUGCUGGAUCAAAAUUUGCACCUCUAAACAAGUACUAUAGGCGAUGAAGAGAUGUAUAAUUAAAAGCCUUAUUUAGUUUUUGUAUUUGUACUCCUUUGAAGGAUAAAGUGCAAAAUUUGCAUCAGUAAAAAUGCCUUGACCUUGUCCAUGACUCUUUUUAAACACAUAUUACAUACUGUAUUUGCAGGCAAUAUAUCCCAUCUUGUGAUUGAAAGAUGUACACUAAAGAUUUGCUGUUGUAAGUCGGAAUGUCUUCGGACUGCAGUUGUCAGACAUUAUGAAAAUAAAGACAUGUUUUUCAUGCGUGGA